CAGGAUUUAUACAUGACAUUUGGCUGCGUUCGGUAACUGCCGCCAUUGAACCUGGCACCACCUCUGCGAGAAUCGUUGUUUCCGGUAGACGAAGGGAAACCAUUCCUUUUUACAUGUCAAUCGUGUGAGUGAUAGCCACACCCGUGUGAACUGAACAGAUUGCAGCGAUGCAGAUUUUCGUAAAGACCCUCACGGGCAAGACCAUCACUCUUGAGGUCGAGCCUUCGGACACUAUCGAAAAUGUCAAAGCCAAGAUCCAAGACAAAGAGGGAAUUCCUCCAGACCAGCAACGUUUGAUCUUCGCCGGCAAACAAUUGGAAGAUGGACGCACUCUGUCCGAUUACAAUAUCCAGAAAGAGUCCACCCUGCACUUGGUGUUGCGUCUUCGUGGCGGUGCCAAGAAGCGCAAGAAGAAGAAUUACUCAACCCCAAAGAAAAUCAAGCACAAGAGGAAGAAGGUCAAAUUGGCCGUCCUCAAGUAUUACAAGGUCGACGAGAAUGGAAAGAUUCACCGUUUGAGACGUGAAUGUCCCGGCGAGAACUGCGGUGCUGGCGUUUUCAUGGCCGCUCACGAGGAUCGUCACUACUGCGGAAAAUGCAAUCUUACGUUUGUCUUCACCAAGCCAGAGGAAAAGUAGAGCGUUAAGGGAGGUGUUGAAUGUAAGAUGAGCGAUUUAUAUUAAAUAAAAAACUUGACAAAGUUUAA